GCAGAUCCUCCCCGCCUGCACGCGGCAACUCUCGCAGAUCGGUUACAUCCAGCAGCAGCCGAUGUCGAACACACCUAAUAACAUAGAGUCUGACAGCAGCUGUCAAUUAAUCCGUCACUACGAGUCUCAGGUCUUGAAGUUCAUCAGACACUUGUUCAUUGUGAGUUGCUGGACAAUGGGGAGACAGGACAAAUUAUGGCUAAGGGUGCUACUGGAGGAUCCACAAUUGUUGAGCUGCAUUUUCAUAAUAGCAAGUCAACUUUCAGUACUUCUUUUAAAACCUCACCGCAGAAGAUACAGCCAUUUCUAAAAUUUCUAACAGAGCAAUAUGAAUUUGGUUACUACUCAUUUGCCAUGGAAACUCUGAAAGGUUAUCUUCAAACAAGGGGGAAACAAGUGGAAAGGAUAGUGAAACCCAGAGUCAGAAUCAUCCAGAAAGGAAACACACAUUCUAGAGGGUCUCGUGUGAGUUGUCUGGCAACAGGAUUUUACCCUCGUCACAUCAACCUGACCCUGUUUAGAGAUGGGCAGCCUGUAUCUGAUCAUGAGAUCACUGGAGGAGAUCUGUUGCCCAAUGGUGACGGGACGUACCAGAUGAGGAAGAGUCUUGAGAUCAGUGCAGGGGAACAGAGAGAGAAGUACAAUUACACCUGCUCUGCUACACACAUCAGUCUGGAAAACAAACUGGAUGUCUAUUUGGAGUAUCCAGGGGAAACAUUUGAGUUGGUAACUUCCUCAAUGUUAGCGGUUAUAACAUUGGGGUUGGUAUUAUUGGCUUUGGCUGCCAUUGCAUGGAUAAUUAUAUGGAGGAAAAGGCAACAUUCAGCCUCCUCUACAUGCACCUACACUGCUUCUACAACUGAAUACAAUGAGGAUUUAACAUCAUGAGGUUUUUGAGCCAUUUUGACCAUUUUGGAGCCACUCAUCUGAGGCAUAUAUGCCAUACUGACUGAUCACUACUGAAAUAUACUGAAAAACGUGUAAUAUAUUAUAAACUACAUUUUUACAAUUUAUAUGUUGCUUGCAAAAAAUAAAUAAAAUACAAAUAUUUUGAAGGAAUACACUACUUUUGAAUGUAUGGCUGUCAAUGGAGAAAGCUUUUUUGUCUGAUCUAUCAGUCUGGCUACCUGUUUAGUACCUUUACAAAUAUGUACCUAGGCUUGUAGUCUUUUAUCACUUUUGUUCAUUGCCUUUUGUUUGUGUCUACUACCAGAC